AUGUCGUCCAAAAUACUGUUACUGCAGGUGGUGAUGGGUCUCUUCUCAUCCACCCUCGCCCAAAACUCCUCCACUGACCUCUCCCGCUGCGCCCUCUCUAUCGGCGAACUCUCCCCCAACGCCCGCAUAAACUCCACUGGCAUGCGCUCCUUCCGCUGGCAAGAAGGUGACCCAGACUGGUAUCUGACCACGACGCUAAACGACACGCGCAACCCCGUUCUGGUGUCGCAAUUGCAUGAUUUCCAGGGCUACAUCAGCGCGCCUAUGGACACGGAUGCGCAGGUCUGCGUGUUCAUGUUGAACGGCAUCAACGCGACCGUCGCGGGCGACAACGGGUGUGAGAACGCGCUACGUCCAGAGUGCGUGGACUUUUUGAAGAAGAAUCAUGUGUUUUCGGAGCAAUGUCAGGCGCCGCCGGAGCGUGAUGCCUUGGUUGCAGCGUGCGGUCAGCAGGGUUUCGGGUCGGGCUAUUCAAACGUGUACUAUCCUCUCGCCGCCGGCAAACUCCAUGCCCUCGGAUUAUCUGACUUGGCCCGUUAG